GCAUAAAAGCAGCUUGACCGGGCUGCCCCACACAGGCACACACUCUGUCUCUCUCUCUCUCUCUCCGCCUCCGUCGCCGGAAUCGGAGGAGAAGCUGAGCGUUACUCUUCAACUUUCUCAGCUCCAAAUUUCAGUUUCUUGCUUCAAUUCCACAAUCAAUGGAGCCUCCAACUCCAUUAAUGUUUCUUGCUUCGAUUCCGCAACCAAUGGAGCCUCCAACUCCAUUAAUGGUUCUGCCGGCAACUGUCCCGCUUCCGAACGAGGUCUGUUCCAGCCAAUACAAAAGAAGGAAGCUGCAACGUAAUGAAAUAGAUGGUGGGAGUGUGCCCCUUCGUGCAAAUAUGCAGGAUAAAACUGUUGACAAGAAACCAAAGGUCUCUCUCAAAGUUACAGAUUAUUCUGAUCCUUUUGCAAUCUCUAAUGUGUUGGAAGCUUUUAACACUGGUGGUAAAUAUGGGAGUGUUACAAAAGAAAUAGAAGCCCUUAUUUUGAGGAACACAGAAAUGUUGAACCCCUUUCUUGUUAUGUAUCCGGCUCUCUCAACCAUGUUCCCUGAUGGGAAAAAUGACCUAGAGGAGUUGGAAACUAGACAAACAGCAUGUGAUAAUGUUAUUGACUUGGAGGAUGACAGUGUUGCAAAUCAUGUUGCAUCAAAAAUAUCACCUGUUGUGAUUCCUGAUUCAGAUGAUGAAGACAGUAGAACAGAAAAGCCGCAAUCUACCUUUCAGGAAGUUUCUGUGUGGAAGCCUCCGUCAUCUGCUGGGCAAUUUCUUGUUAGGGACAUAGGAUUUAGGGAGUAUGUGGAGAGCAGAAUGUAUAGGGAAGAAAAAGUUAAUCUCCCAAGUGCAAGUUUCUCUAGUGCAUUUGAUGCCAGGAGUCUCUCCAGUGCAGUUGAUAUAAAGAAGGAUAAAGGUGAUUAUCUUGGUGUUGAAGAGGACUUUGAUGAUCAAACCAGGCCCAAGGAUGACGGUUUGGGGGAUAUUUGGAAGGAAAUGACAAUGGCGUUAGAGUGUUCUAAGGAAGUUUCUGAGGAUCCUUCAUCUGAGGAACACAUGCAAGGAGAUGAGGACUGUGAUCAUUCUUUUGUCUUGAAGGAUGAUAUUGGUUAUGUCUGUCGAAUUUGUGGGGUCAUUGAGAGAGGAAUUGAGACCAUAAUUGACAUUCAGUUUAACAAGGCCAAAAGGAGUACACGUACAUAUGUAUCUGAGCCCCGGAAUGCCAAGGACAGAGAGUCAACUAGAGGAAUUGGAGUUAAAUUGUCUGAAGAUGAUUUAAUGGCAAUUGACAUCACUGCUCAUCCAAGGCAUAUGAAGCAAAUGAAGCCUCAUCAGGUGGAGGGCUUUAAUUUUCUUUGCAGUAACCUGGUCACUGAGAAUCCUGGGGGCUGCAUUAUGGCACAUGCACCUGGAUCUGGCAAGACAUUUAUGAUAAUUAGUUUUAUGCAGAGCUUCCUAGCCAAAUAUCCACUUGCUAAACCACUGGUUGUGCUUCCUAAAGGUAUCUUGGCUACAUGGAAAAAGGAGUUUGAAAUAUGGCAAGUUGAGGAUAUUCCACUGCUAGAUUUUUACUCUGUUAAAGCAGAUAAUAGAGCUCAGCAAUUGGAGGUAUUGAAACAGUGGGUUGAGAGGAAGAGUAUGCUGUUCCUAGGGUACAAACAGUUCUCUACCAUUAUUUGUGAUGGUGGAACCAGUGACACAUCUGUUACAUGUCAAGAAAUACUGCUCAAGGCACCUACAAUUCUGAUUUUAGAUGAGGGCCACACACCUAGGAAUGAGAAUACUGAUGUGUUGCAAUCCCUUGCAAAAGUACAAACGCCUCGAAAAGUUGUACUUUCAGGAACACUCUACCAAAACCAUGUCAAAGAGGUAUUUAAUAUUUUGAAUCUUGUUCGGCCAAAGUUUCUCAGGAUUGAUACAUCUAGAGCUGUCAUUAAGCGGAUAUUGAGUAAAGUAAAUAUAUCUGGUGUGAGGAAGCAGUUCAAAGCAGGUGCAGAUGCAGCCUUUUAUGAUUUGGUGGAGCACACGCUACAAAAAGAUGAAAAUUUCGAGAGGAAAGUCUCUGUCAUACAAGAUCUACGUCAGAUGACCACUAAGGUGCUUCACUAUUACAAAGGAGAUUUCUUAGAUGAGCUUCCUGGCCUUGUUGACUUUACCGUAGUACUAAAUCUCAGUUCAAGACAGAAGAAUGAAGUCCAGAAGUUGAAGAAGUUUCAGAGGAAGUUUAAGAUUUGCUCUGUUGGAAGUGCUGUUUAUCUCCAUCCAAAACUGAAUUCUUUCUCUGACAGUUCUGUUGCAACAGAUGUUCAAAUGGAUGAGCUGUUAGAGAAGCUGGAUGUAAAAGAUGGAGUCAAAGCAAAAUUCUUUCUUAACAUGUUAAACUUAUGUGAUUCAGCUGGUGAGAAAAUGCUUGUCUUCAGCCAGUACCUCACACCCUUGAAAUUUUUGGAGAGACUAGCCAUUAAGAGUAAAGGCUGGCAUCUAGGUCGUGAAAUCUUUCUAAUUACAGGCGAAUCAACCUCAGAUCAAAGAGAAUGGUCUAUGGAUCGCUUCAACAAUUCUGCUGAUGCUAGAGUUUUCUUUGGAUCCAUUAAGGCUUGUGGAGAAGGAAUUUCUUUGGUGGGGGCAUCCCGCAUUAUAAUUCUAGAUGUUCACCUCAAUCCUUCUGUGACUCGCCAAGCUAUAGGCCGUGCAUUUCGUCCUGGCCAGAAGAAAAAAGUAUACACAUAUAGGCUGGUCGCUGCUGAUUCCCCUGAGGAGGAAGAUCAUACCACCUGCUUCAAGAAGGAAUUAAUUGCAAAAAUGUGGUUUGAAUGGACUGAGUACUGUGGUUACCGAGAUUUUCAAGUAGAAACUGUUGAUGUCAAUGAGUGCGAUGAUCUUUUUUUGGACAGUCCACUAUUAAGGGAAGACAUAAGGGUCCUUUACAGGAGGUAGCUGCCGAGGGCACAGAACUGAACGGGUGAGUUGGUGACUUGGGCAUAAGGUUACAGGGUUGGUUAACCCUGGGUAGGCACAGUAUUGUCUUUCCUGACUUGCUGUAGCCAUUUAUCUUAUAGAUGUUUUCCUGGCUUUAUGUGCUUCUGUGCUGAAAGCCAAUUUAAGCGUCCUAGAUGUUUUUAGAGACAUGACGAUCCCUUUCAGAUGGUUCCUAGGCUGUUACUUUUUGCUUCCUCACGUGGGAGGGUUUUAAACUUGCAUACCAUCAGCAGCGCAGAAGUUUGUUGAGCAAACUUGAUGCUCAAAUGAGAGAAUCAAAGUUUUGCUGAUACUGUCACAGCCAGUUUUUCUCUCAUUUGUAGAACCAUGAUGUGCCACGGAUGCAUGUCUGUACAGUGGAGCGGUGAAAUUGAACUCUAUAAAACUGUAAAUUUGUA